AUGGCUACCGCAACAAUUGAACUGCCAUUCAUAUCGGCUCAUUACUCCAUCGCCGAAUCGACUCUUUCGACGCUCACCCAAGCUCCUACGGUCGAAUUAGUCAACCAACUUCUGGAGGCCAUCUCCAAGAAAGCCCGCGAACACGAUGAACUCAAAGCAGACAAGACCCGCUUGGAAGUGGAGCUUGACAAUGCGGUCCGCAGCAGCGAAAGCAAGGUCAAGGUGCUGAAGAGCUCUAUCGAGAAGGGUCAUGCUGAGGUUGAGGAAACAAGGAAAAAGCUUCAUGAGUCGGAAAAUGCUCGAUCGUCCCUAGAAUCCGAGAUCGCCUCGCUCAAGUCGUCCUCCACAACCAAUGAAUCCGAAGUGAGCACACUGAAAUCCCGCAUCGCCUCUCUAGAAGCUUCGAAUCGUGAUACCAUGGCUCUGCUCGAAUCGAAGACGACAGCGUACGACAAGCUCGCCGAAGAGCUGUCAGCCCAACACAAGAAGACUGUCGAAUUGAGACGAGAACUAUCUACCGCCGAACAGAACCUUCAAGCCGCCAACUCUGCAUCUGCUAGCGCCAAGUUCCGCGAGCAGAGUCUCCAGCAAGACUUGGAGUUGACCAAGAAGAGUAACGAAUGGUUAGACACUGAGCUGAAGACCAAGUCUGCAGAAUACCUGAAGUUCCGCAAGGAGAAGAGCGCCCGCAUCUCAGAGCUUCAGCGAGCGAAUGAAGAGGCUAGCGCCACUGUUGACUCCUUGAGACGCAGUGAGAAUGCUCUCAAGAGUCGCUUGGAUGAGGUCGAACAGCGUUACGAAGAGUCCCUUUCGAGCAUCCAGCAGCUGAAAGAAGAGGCGAUACAAGCGAGCGAGUCAUUCCGGAUUGAAUUGGAUAGUGCGAACAGGCUGGCUGAAUUGCAACGCAACUCUUCUGAAACCGCCAAGCAGCGGGUGCAAGAACUCCAGGUAGCCCUGGAAAAGGCCAAGGACGAUGCGGCCGAAGAGAUCUCCCGCCUUCGUGUUGAGAUCGAGACUGAACAUUCGGAUAAGGAGACUGCUGAGCGCCGCAUUGCAGAGCUGGAGCAGACUGUGAGCCAACUCGAGUCAGACGGCCAGGCUAGAAGGAGAUCCAUGAGCCCGGCUCUCAAUGGAGGAAUACCCACUACGCCUAUCCGCUCAGGUACACCGGUUGGAACAUUCUCCCCGAGAGCUUCGAGAACCAAGGGUGGACUUACGAUCACACAACUUUACACCGAGUACGACAAGAUGCGGUCACUGCUGGCCGCUGAACAGAGAGCCAACCAAGAGCUCCGGUCGACGCUGGAUGAAAUGGUCCAGGAUCUCGAGGCAAGUAAGCCCGAAAUUGAUGAAUUGCGAGCCGACCACGCCAGACUGGAGAACGCAGUUAUGGAAAUGUCCAACAUCCUUGAAACGUCUGGAAAGGAGAGGGAUGAUGCGACAAAGGAGGCACGCAAAUGGCAAGGGCAAGUGGAGGGACUUGCGCGUGAGGGCGACAUUCUACGACAGCAGCUUAGGGACCUGAGCUCGCAAGUGAAGGUCCUAGUGAUGGAGAACGCGAUUCUCAAGGAAGGAGAGGAGAGUUACGAUAGGGAAGAGCUCGAGAAGAUUGCUCGACAGGAAAUUGAUGACUCGUCUGCAGAUCUCAACCCAACGGGACGCUUCAUCAGCCGCAACCUGACGACUUUCAAGGAUCUCCAUGAGCUACAGGAACAGAAUGUUACUCUCCGCCGCAUGCUAAGAGAGUUGGGCGAUAAGAUGGAGGGCGCAGAGGCUCGCGAGCAGGAUGUUAUUCGCCAACAAGAGCAAGAAGAGUUGAAGGAGCUGAGAAUUCGUGUGCAGACUUAUCGCGACGAAAUCUCCAACCUCGUUGCGCAGACAAAGAGCUAUGUGAAGGAGAGAGACACCUUCCGAAGCAUGCUGACCCGUCGCCGUCAGACCGUUGGCGAUGCUUCUGUCUUCUCCCAGUCUCUUCCACUUGGGGCAGUCCCUCCUGGAGCAGCCGAUGAACAGGCUAAGGACAUUCCCGACUAUGCUGAACUACUACGCAAGGUUCAAGCCCACUUUGACAACUUCCGUGAAGAGUCUGCUACCGAUCAUGCCGCUCUGAAACAACAGGUCAAUGAGCUUUCGCGAAAGAAUAGCGAGUUGAUGAGCGAAAUCAGCCGUUCUAGCAGUCAGCUUGGCGCUGCUACUCAAAGAGCCGAGCUUCUUCAGAGCAACUUCAAUAUGCUGAAGAGUGAAAAUGCAGAGCUGCAGAAACGCUACGCCAGUCUGUUGGAAAACGCCAACAGGCAAGACCUUAGGACCCAACAAGCUGCCGAAGACCUCGUUGAGACUAAGGGACUGGUGGAAAGCCUUCAACGCGAGAACGCGAACCUCAAGGCAGAAAAGGAUCUGUGGAAGAGUAUUGAAAAACGGCUGAUCGAAGACAACGAAACUCUGAGAAAUGAGAGAAGUCGCCUGGAUUCUCUGAAUGCCAACCUUCAAACUAUCCUGAACGAGCGUGAACAUACAGACUCUGAGAGCCGCCGCAGGCUACAGCAAAGCGUCGAAUCCUUGGAGUCAGAACUGCAGUCUACCAAACGCAAACUCAAUGAUGAGAUUGAGGAGUCAAAGAAGGCGACCUUGCGCAGAGAGUACGAGCAUGAGCAGAGUCAGAAGCGAAUUGAUGACUUGGUUACAAGCUUGGGCUCCGUCCGGGAAGAAUUGAUCGCAACCAAGACCACCAGAGAUCACUUGCAGUCGAGAGUGGAUGAAUUGACCGUCGAGCUUCGCAGUGCCGAAGAGCGACUUCAAGUCGUACAAUCUAGACCGAGUGUUACUGCCGCCCCCGCUACAGCGCCCGAGACCGAGGAAGGUCAGGAGUCUGGCUUGACCCGUGAGCAAGAACUUAGCAUCGAGGUUUCCGAACUCAAACGUGACCUUGACUUGGCCAAGAAUGAGCUUCAACAUGCUGAAGAGCGAGUUGAGGACUACAAGGCCAUCAGCCAGCAGAGCGAGGAACGCCUACAGUCUGUGACUGAGACACAUGAAGAAUAUCGGGAGGAGACGGAGCGUCUGAUUGAGGAGAAGGACAAGAAGAUUCAGGAUCUCGAAAAGCGCAUUGAGGAGAUUUCUUCCGAGUUGUCGACAACGAACAAUGAACUCACCAAGCUGCGUGAUGAGCAAGGAGAGGCUGGCCGCCGCUUGGAGGAGCAGAAGGCUGUUUUGGAAUCUGAAAUUGCCAGGCUGAAGGAUGAGAAUGAGCGUCAUAAUUCUGCCUUCCAGUACCACAAGGAAGAUCUCCGCGCGCAGACUGAAAUUGCGCAGCAUGCCCAACAGAACUACGAGAGUGAAUUGGUCAAGCACGCUGAGGCAGCCAAGAACCUGCAGAUAGUGCGCUCCGAAGCUAAUCAGCUUAAGCUGGAAGUGGUCGAGCUACGGACACAAGCCGAGACUUUCAAGAAGGACCUUUCUCAGAAGGAGGAAAGCUGGAACGAGCUCAAGGAGAGAUACGAGGGUGAAAUUACCGACUUGCAGAAACGCCGGGAAGAGGUUCUCCACCAAAACUCUUUGCUACACUCGCAGCUGGAGAAUAUCACGAACCAAAUCUCGGCGUUGCAACGUGACCGCGCGAAUAUGACUGAAACCGAUGACGACAAUGCUGAAACUUCGCCACCCAACCUUGAAGGUCUCCAGGAAGUGAUCAAAUUCCUGCGCAGGGAGAAAGAGAUUGUUGACGUGCAAUAUCAUCUGUCGACACAAGAAAGCAAGCGUCUCCGUCAGCAACUUGAGUACACGCAGUCUCAGCUCGACGAGGCACGUCUCAAGCUAGAGCAACAGCGUCGCGCUGCUGCUGAUAGCGACCACACCGCUCUCAGCCACAACAAACUUAUGGAUACCUUGAACGAAUUGAAUCUGUUCCGCGAGAGUAGUGUCACGUUGCGCAAUCAGGUCAAGCAGGCAGAAACGUCGCUUGCGGAGAAAUCUGCACGUAUUGAGGAAUUGGUUCAGCAGAUUGAGCCUUUGGAAACGAAGGUUAGGGAGUUGGAGAACGUGGUGGAGACUAAGGACGGAGAAUUGAAGCUGCUGCAAGCUGAUCGUGAUCGCUGGCAGCAACGUACUCAGAACAUUCUGCAGAAGUAUGACCGCGUUGACCCUGCCGAAAUGGAAGGACUCAAGGAGAAGCUUACAACCCUGGAAAAGGAGCGUGACGAGGCCAUUCAGGCUCGUGACACUCUUCAAACCGAGGCCGCUGCCUUCCCUGAGCAGCUCAAACAUGCCGAAGAUAGAGUCCAAGAAUUGCGCAGCAAGCUUACGGAGCAGUUCAAGGCUCGGUCUAAGGAACUUACCGGUCGUAUUAACGCUAAACAGGCGGAGCUGAAUACGGUCACACAGGAGAAGGAGGUGAUCCAGGAGGAAUUGGCCAAGACAAAACAAGAAUUAGAGGAACUCAAGACGAGAAUGGCGGAGAAGCCGGCUGCUCCUGCAUCAGUACCCGAAGCGACGACUGAAGUCAACUCGACUCCCGCCUCGCAAUUCCCUGCUCCGACAACGCAAGUGGCUGUCGCCACCGACGACGAACGGGUCAAGGCCUUGGAAGAGAAGGUGCAACGUCUUGAGGCAGCCCUUGCUGAGAAGGAUGCUGUAUUGGCUGCCAAGGAUACCGAGCACGAGAGGAAGGUCAAGGAACGCAUCGACAAGAUGAAGGAGGUGUUGAACAGCAAGUUAGCAGAGACUCGGGCGGCGCAUCGCCAGGAGGUGGAACGACUAAAGGCCAGCCUACAGGCAAGUCCACAAGCUCCUGCGACUCCUGGCCAGCCUCAGGCAGAACCAGUUCCUGCAACUCCUGCAACUCCUGCGACUCCUGCGAAGGAAGGUGGACUCCCGGAGUUGACGGAUGCCCAAGCAAGGGACCUUGUUGCGAAGAAUGAAACCAUCAAGAUGAUCAUUAGGAACAACAUCCGUGCGCAGGUCAGCAAACAAAUGGAAGCUGAAAAGCGUGGCACCCAACAGAACUCGGAAGCUGCGGCUGCCCUACAGCAGAAGUUUGACGAAGAGAAGGAGGCCUUGAAGAAGGCCCACGACGAAAGUGUGGAGGAGAAGAUCAAGGCUGCUGUGGAGCUGUCGGACAAGAAGUCCCUUGCCAAGCUCAGUAUGCUUGAUUCUCGGUGCAGGAAUUCGCAGGCCAAGCUCGACGUGGUGCAGAAGGCGGCCACGGAGACCCCUCAGAAACCUGUUGUCGAGGUUUGGGAGAUAGCUAAGGUCACCAGAGCACCCCCGGCUGCUCAAGCGCAAGCCAAACCCGCACAGGCUGUAGCAUCUCCAGCACCAGCACCGUCGCCUGCCACAGUAGCAGCACAACCGGCACGUGCAGCCCCUCCACCAUCUCCAGCGCCGGUAGCGACACCUGCAGCAAGACCUGCGCCUGCGCCUGCGCCUGUCCCUGCACCUGCACCUGCACCUGCCACCCAGCAGGGCACCCAGGCACCAGAAGCAACAGCUGCCCAGCCAUCAGCUCAGGCUCAGACACAAUCGACACAAUCGGAAGCACCCUCGCAGACGGAAGCACCGCAGACACAAGCAGCUGACGAAACGGCUCCUGAGCAGGGUGCGGCCGGCACAGUGCCUAAUCCUUUCGGACAAAGUCAGAACAAACAGCCAGCGUCGCUUCCCAACAAACCUCCAGCUGGUGCUGCCUCAGGCGGCGUCUUAAGAGCUCUCCAGUCCGGGCUUCCAGUUGCGCGCGGUGGUCGAACAGGCGGGCGUGGCGGCGGUCAACAGAAUCCUUUUGGUCAACAAGGCCAACAGGGCGCCCAGCAGCAAGGUCAGGGUCAAGGCCAGCCUAGCCAGCGCGGCUCGGGUCUGCCUCGCGGUCGUGGAGGGCGUGGAGGCCAAGGCCGGGGUGGCAAUCAGAACGUGCAGACAGCCAAUCUUGGCCAGGCACAGCACGGCCCGGCCAGUCCUGGCGGUGGUCGUGGCGGCGCGCUUAGUGCGAACGCGCGUCAGUUUGUUCCUCAAGGCAACAAGCGCGCUCGGGAUGAUGGCGGCGGCGACGGCGGCGACGGAGCAGCUGGCAAGAGAAUGCGUGGUGGUGGCGGUGGUCAACCCCGGGGUUCUUAG